UACACAAUUCCAUGCAUCUAGUUUAUUUGAUUUUCGUAUGCAUGGGCAUUUUGCAGUUGAUUUCUACUUCAAGAAAUGCUGCUUCUCAAAGCCAUUCAGUACCAACUAAUGGAAGUCAAGAGAAUGCCCUUUUGACAUGGAAAGGCAGUCUUGACAAUCAUAGCCAGUCUAAGUUGUCAUCCUGGUCGUCUCCUGCCAAUCCUUGCAGCAGUUGGGUUGGAAUCCGAUGUAACAAAGCUGGAAGAAUAUCAAUCAUUAACAUCGCUAGCUCUGGGAUUAAAGGUACCCUUGAUCAGCUAAAUUUCUCGUCUCUACCCCAUCUAACUGCUAUCAAUCUUUCUAAUAAUGAACUCUAUGGGACCAUUCCAUCCAGCAUAGGUAACCUCUCUAGACUAACAUUUUUGGGCUUGUUUUCAAAUCAUUUCUCUGGUGCCAUUCCAAUUCAGAUCGGCCAACUAACCAAUCUUAGGAUCUUGUAUCUUUUCAGUAACUCAUUCUCUGGCUCAAUCCCAAAACAAGUUGUGUUCCUGACUUCUCUUGUUGAACUCGAUUUUGAACAGAAUGAGUUUACAGGAUCAAUCCCUCCUUCCAUUGGAAACAUGACUAACCUAAGACGUCUGACCCUACGAGCCAACAAACUUUCAGGAAGUAUUCCUUUGGGGAUUGGAAACUUGACAAAACUGGAUCUAUUAAUUCUUGAUACAAACCACCUGUCAGGUGCCUUUCCUGAAGAGAUUGGGAAACUCAGAUCUCUUAUUCAACUCUCUCUUGCCAUGAACAUGCUCACAGGUCCCAUUCCACAGUCUAUUGGAGACUUAGGUAACCUGACUUUGCUGUAUCUUUUUGAUAAUUCUCUUUCUGGACCUAUCCCUGAAGAAAUUGGAAACCUCGUAUCUCUUGAGAAUCUUGCACUUGAUUAUAACAAUCUCACCAGUAAGAUUCCCAAUUCCAUUGGUAAUUUGGGACGAUUAACUUAUUUAUACCUUCCUGGAAACAAGCUCAGUGGACAUAUUCCUUCAUCCAUUGGAAAUUUAACCAAUCUCAUUGAUUUGCUGCUUUCUGAAAACAACUUAUAUGGGGCCAUCCCUUCAGAAUUGAGGAAAAUGAAGUUACUAGCUGAUGUUCGUCUUUUUACAAACCAGCUAAGUGGAGUUCUACCAGAUGGUUUCAAUAAUCUCACACAUUUACAAAUUCUAGCAGUGUCUGAAAACAAUCUUACUGGUCAAUUACCUGAAAAUAUUUGUAAACCAACUAUCAGGAAAUAUCUCUGA